CAAACCUCAAGACGAAGUCUUCAUCUCACAUUACCUGCUCCACCCCUUACUGGCAUCUCCCGUCACAACAGCGCGGUGGCAGGCAGCGACGUUCCUCCCUUGCCCGCAUCUCAAAAAGCUGGUGCUGCUGCAUCGAUCAUGGAGAUCUUCUUGUGCCUCUCUUCCCUCAUCCUGGCAGUGGCCGGCGAUAUCUCCCUCCAGACCUUCAACGACGACAAUUGUGGAGGAGGUGGAGGCACCGCCAUCCAAAACAUCCAUGCCAAUGGCAAGGAUACGACAGACAGCAGCGGUUGUCAAGCACAGGGCCAGUUCAAUUCGGUCAACGUGGUCAGUGUCGACUCAGGCUUCCAGUGCAACAUUUACGGCGACAGCGCGUGCCAAAACUUUCUCGAGACCGUGUCGACGGUCGCAUGCACGCCUGUGAUCGGUCAGGCUGCCAUCUGCUUCAAUCAAGCCGCCUUCGACAAUCCAUUUGUCGAAUCGACGAGCAACGUCGCGGUCGGCGCGUUGGCAAUCCAGAUCUUCGGCGGGGACACGCUGCAGAACCAGAUCAACAACGUGGUCAACCAGGCAUGCGCAAGCGGUACUGCGUGCGAUCCCACCAACACGCUUGUCCUCUCUCAGACCAUCUCACCCUCCAAUAUUGCGUGCAACGAAGGACUCCAACUGAUCGAUCCAGGGGCGUGUAGUUCGGAAGACUGCACCACCACGAUCGCCAUGUCGGGAGGAUUCAACGACAACAACCAAAGAGACUACAUGAAAGGAUUGAUGCAGAAGGCUUUGGACACAGUGCCGUCGCCAGUCUCUUUUGUCGGAGUCCAGGUUGUUGACAAGGACAAGGCCGUACAGGCGUCCAUGACUGUCAGUGUCAACAGUCAAUGCACUUCGGUCCCGCCCCCGUCCGGCUUUCAAUGCUCAGAUGCUUUGAAAGAUACCGUGAGUGCCGCCCUGGCAACAGUACCGGGUGUGGGAGGAGUCUCGUCGCUCGUAUUUCAGGUGGCUUGCGACGUAGCCGGAUAGUUUCUAGAUCUCGGAAUAUUGCAUGCAGCGAAGUAGCUAGACCUCUUGUAUAAAAGACAUAAUGACCUGGCGAAGUGGGC